UUGGUACAUGGGGUCAGUGGGUAGACAGCGACAUGGAUCCUGCUAAGACCAGGCUGUUCUUUCAACCGGUUUCUCCAUCACAUUACGAUGGCAGGGAUUGGAACCAACCCGAAGCGAGGAACUGUGCAGACCAAACGGAGCCAGUGCUAGGCUCUGUAUAUCCAGGAAGGUUGCCGCCAGCUUUAGGGUUGCAGAAGGAGGCAUUGAGCUUAAUCAAGAAGCCCGUGACAUUGUUGGAUAUAACACAUCUUUCGCAGUUUCGCAAAGAUGGACAUCCUUCCGUUUAUGGGCAGGAUGGAAGGAGUGGAAUGGAUUGCUUGCAUUGGUGCGUAGGGGGUGUUCCUGAUAUUUGGAAUGAAAUCUUGUACAAUCUUCUGUUCAUCCCAUGA